UUAAUUGUAUCAUUGAUCUAUAAAUUUACGUUAAGAGUCCUUAAGUAAUAAUAAUUUAUAGGCGUACCUUUAUUAUCAAUAAACAAUAAUAAUUUAUUAGGAAUACGGACUUUUUCCGAAACCAUGGAAUAAACCUACAGAAUAACAGACAUCAAUUGCGACUACUGGUGGUCCUCGUCCGCCGUGUUUUGUGGUGGUGAAUGGUGAUAACGACGCAGACGUCGGACGACUCGUGAUCGUAACAUUCGUAACUCGGGACGAGUGAAAAUCGGAGAAAUUUACGUUGUAAAACGUUUCGUGUUUCAUUGUUUCGUACCUAUUACUUCCGUUCACCCACUAUUAUUACGGCGGCCAGUAGCCACGACCUACCGAAAUCAGUAACGAAUCACUAUCUACAACGACGUUUGAUCCGAUCGUACGAUUUCAUUGUCUAUUUGCCAAGAGUGGUCUUAGGACUCGGUGCUCGAACGUCGUGGAUAGCUCAACUAGAAGCUGCUAUUCCGACCACCAUUGGCUACGGACAACGAUCAAUAGUAUUAAAGGGUAAAACAUAUUGACCAUUUUUUCACGUCGUUUAUCAUGGCUCGGGGACAACAAAAAGUGCAGUCACAGGCUAAGGCCGCCGAAAAACAAGCCAAAAUGAAGAAGCAACAGGGUCAUAGCGCUAACGAACAGAAAAAGGCCGCACAAAAGGCAUUGAUUCACGUUUGCACCGUUUGUAAAGCUCAAAUGCCAGAUCCUAAAACGUAUAAACAACAUUUUGAAAACAAACACCCUAAAAAUGAUAUGCCUGAAGAACUGAAAGCUGUUUCAUGAAUGUAUAAUGAUCGAUUAAAUUUUCUUUGAUCACAUGUAAAAACAAAUGAAUACCUAAACUAUAAGUAAUAUUAAAGUUUUUUAAGUGAU